AUACAACCGCAGCGGAGCGGCGCUCGUCUAGCUCUUGCACUGCUCCGAGUCGCGUAGCUGGUGCUAGACUAGGUAGUAGUGGUCGUCGCUGCUAUACGUACGCGCAGCACACACACACACACACACACGGAUAAUGGAGGCGGCGGUGGCGGCCGACUCGGACCUUUGAAAGCAUCGCGGGGCUGAAUCGGGAAGCGGCAUAGUAGUGCGGCUUCUGGGGGCGGCGAGGGCGGCUGGGCUGUCUCUGCGCUUGCUUAUCCAGCCGCUGCUGCAGUCUCAGAAUCUUUGCCAUCCGAGAGCGAGAAUUUCUUCUCCGAUCUUUUUCUCUCUCCCUCGCUUAAACUUUGUACAAUAGAAGCUGCAGAGAGUGAGAGAGAGAAAAAAACGGUUAGAGCGUGGAACGGUCGACGGGAGAGAAAAAAAAGAGAGAAAAAAAUUCUUCCCCUCGACGCGAGAGCGACACAUACACGUAGUGUACCGUAGGUAUUAUAUCACACGUACGACUCGAGUCCGUUGAGUAAGAAGAGAGCCACGGAUCGUGCGAGAUCAUGUCGUGCUUCGGUUGCGGCGGCUGAGACGGACGAGCGGACGAACGCAUAGAGUUGCAGCCGCGCAUUGGUACAAACGCCAACUCCCCUCGUGCCGCAGUAUGGAGUGCCCCGUGGUGCUGGAACGUGGAAGGAAUUUUCGACUGCUAGCCUCCGAGGAGUUGCCCCAACUGCUGGACUUUUUAUCAAACUACUUGCCUGAAUCACUUAAAUUUCAUCAAACUCUGCUGACCUACAUGCGCAACAAAGUCUGGGAGUUUCAUUUCUACGUAGCCGACGACUGGCCACAGGUGCCUCUUUGUUUGCAUUUUCCUGGAAUGACGCUCUCGUGUCACGGAUUAUUGUACGAGAGCGUUGGUGCAUUUUGCCCGAACCAGAGAUUGGACUGUCUAGAAUUAUUACGCCAAGAGGACGUUUUAUUGGAUUGGAGCAAGCCGCUGUAUAUAAAUUUCGUUCACUCGGAAAUAGCCGACGAAUUGAUGCGUCUUUACGAGGGCCACGGCAGCGUCGAGCGGGUACUCGGCGACGUUUACGCCUGUGACGAGCCUGAAAAAUCCGAGGAGGUUCCCGACGACGAUGUGCCUACUGAUAUCGAUGUACAGGUACUACCAUUGAAAGCCGAGCACGCAGAAGGUAUUCACGAGUUGUAUCCAGCCAACGACAUGGAGUGCCACGAGCUUUUCCUUCGCCUUAUAAAGAACCUCUCAGCGGCCGGUGUCUUUGCGGACGGUCGACUUGCCGCAUGGAUGGUGCAAUCUUAUUACGGUGCCAUGUUCUCCAUGCAAACCAAGCCGGAAUAUCGCAGAAAGGGAUAUGGGACAAAAUUGGCCAGGUUUUUAACAAGAAGAGUCGCAGAGAACGGAUACAAGCCAUUCGUCGUAAUCAGGCCUGAAAACGAGGCCAGUCAAAGUCUGUACAAGAAGCUGAGUUUUCGCAAGCUCUAUACGAUCGUUCGCAUGACUUUUAUCCCCAACAAUCACGAACCGAUAAAGAAUGACCAAGUCGACGACGUGGACACGACGAUAUUGAGCGAAGAUCUCGUCAAUUCCAUCAGGCAACAGCUAAUAUUACGUCCAGACGUCAUUGAACCGCAACAGCAAAGGACAUUGAUCAAAAUCGACGGCGACAAGGACGUCGAUGAUGACGAAGACGUUGAAUUUUUUACGAAAAUCGAAGACGCACUAGAGCCUAUAGAUGAGCGCUCCGAAGAGGACAGUAUUAGUGUUGCACCGACGAACGGACAAAUGACUGGCGAAGUGGUCGCCGGUGAUUAAGACUGUUUAGAACUUUUGAAACUGCACGGAUAGGCUCGUACGUAUGAUCUUCACAUUGCCGAAUGAACGAGAACACUGUAAAUGUCAACUAUUUUCGAAAUAAUUAUCGUUCAGAUUGUUGAUUUCAAUCGGGACGAAUAUUUUAAAGGAAAAAACUGUGCGAGGCUCUGAUAUACGCUGCAUGUGAACGAGUGAACAUAGUUUAAACUAGUCAGACUGGCAUUCGUUCUCUCGAGUCAUAAACAAAGUUUUAUAUUUUCGAAAAAUGAAUUCAAGAAAACGAAUUAUGAAUCAAUGAAUAUUAAAAUAUUAUAUAUUUAGAAGACAUACAUCAUUUUUACUUCCAACCAGCUGAGAGCACAAUGUAAUGUAUUAUUGUUCCAAGAACUUAUUUUUAACUCUCGGAAUUGUUGUUUUUUUCUAAUUAAAGAGCUUGCAUGAUAUUGUAGUUUUAUACAUGUCCGAUUUUUUGAAAUUUCUCAAUUAAAGCGAUUUUUAAUGGGCUUUAUCGAAAAUUAAGACCAGUUCGUGUAAAAAUUUCCAUAAACAUGAAACUCCGUCGCAUAUAAUAGAUAUUGCUUAGCAUUCAAUGUUUUAUGAAAUAUAUUGCAUAAUACACCAAAACUAGUGUAAACUCAUAUUUAUUAGAGCUAAUGUUAAAUUUAACGCUUCUAAUGAAAUCAAUUCGUCCUAAAAUUGCAAGGUUAAUUUAAAAUGACUCUAAGAAUAUGUAAAAUAUUUAACUUAGCAUUGUUGAAUAUAGGAUCUAAUAUCCAAUAAAAGCUAUCAUUUUGUAAUUCGAUGUUAUUGUUUUCUUCCAAUUAUUUGAAAAAAUGAAUAAUCAGCUGUUGGUUUUAAGAGUUAAAUUUUAAAGAAGCUACGAUUGAGAUAAAAAU